CUCACGUUUUUCUCUUCCCCACUUCCAGCAAUUCCUGAUUCUAGAUCUGGUGAUUAGGCAGCAACAUGACAGCAGCUACGACUGCCUUUUCUUAUCGCAGCUGUACGACAGACUACUCCAGGUCGGCAUUAAGAGUGGCUUGAUGACAUUUUCGUGUAGUCGUAUCUUACUAGUUUCUCUAUGUUUCUUCUCUCGUUUUUUCCUCAAGCUAGUAGAGGAAACGUAAAUGGUCUCUUUCAGCUCAGGUACUCGGUACGGAUUCUCAUCUGUCGUUUCCCCUCUCCUUUGCCCGCCUUUUCACCCUCCUAGUCCGUCGUAACCACUUCUUUGCCCGUCGUCUCCCCCCUCCUUGCAUGUCGUUUUACCUCUCUCUCUCUCUCUCUCUCUCUCUCUCUCUCUCUCUCUCUCUCUCUCUCUCUCUCUCUCUCUCUCUAUCUCUCUCUCUCUCUCUCUCUCUCUCUCUCUCUCUCUCUCUCUCUCUCUCCCUCUCUCUCUCUCUCUCUCUCUCUCUCUCUCUCUCUCUCUCUCUCUCUCUCUCUCUCUCUCUCUCUCUCUCUCUCUCUCUCUCCCUCUCUGCCUCUCUCUACCUCUCUGCCUCUCUCUACCUCUCUUUCAACUUCUCUCUCGUCCUCUCUUUCCUUUCACCAUCACAUUUUGUGUUAACUUCCCAUGCCCAUUCGUUCUCGCCCUAGCUGCUUGUUGUUCACUCAUUUCAUACGCAAUGCCUAAUAUAAUAUCCACUUUAAUUUUGUGCAGGUUUUCUUGUAAACGCGUUUAUGAGUUCCCUACGGCGUUUUGUUGUAAUUCGUUGGGAUGUUCGAUUAUCUCAUUUUCAGCUUUAUAUUCUUAUAAUUGCUGGCGUCCUGUGUUUGGUCUGAUGUGUCUUGCUGCUGUUAUUUGCUCUCAUUCUCGAUCCACAGCAAUGUAUGUCUGUAUUUCGAAAAAAGAAAGCAUGCUUAUCAAAUCACAAACGGUUCACAGGCGAGCUCCUUGAGUUUCUGUCUCGAACUGGAUUUGAUAGGUUUUGGUUCUUUUUUUGGACAUUACAGAUUGCGUUGCUCCAUCAUUCAGACACUAGGCUUGCUGACUUCCCCCCCAUGCUAGCGCUG